UUCAAUUUCAUCAUGAAUCAUUUGAGGGUUGGUCAACAUCAUUGCUCAUCACCUGAUAAGCUUUUUUUUGCUGUAAAUGGAUCAGAUCGGACCAUCCGAGUUUACCUUGUCCACAGUGGCAAGCUUUUGUAUGAGUAUCAGCCUUCUAAGCAGCUGUCAGCUCCUGUUUCAUCCCUCCAAUUUUCUCUUAUGAAGGAUGGAAAAUCAUAUAAUGUGCUGUCCCUUGGAACUGUUGACGGCAGACUAAUCCUCUACAAUCUGCCAGCAAGUCGGGUAUUGAAACAAUGGAAAGCAACCUCAGGAGAAAUUGCCAUCACUGCCCAGCAGUGGUUGUCAGCUAACGCUCUGGCAGUACUCACAAGCAACAAUUUUUUAACCAUUUGGGAUGUUGAGAAACAAGAAAUUAUAAGGCAGUUCAAAGUGAGCGGCAAUAGAAGCAUGUGCAAGGUAACAGCGUCAGUCAUGGCUAUCUCAAGUCAGAGUAUUGAGCUGCUACACAUAGGAGCAAAUGGCCUCAAACGCAAGAAAAAGGCUAUAAGUAAAUCUGGCUGUGAAAAUGAAGCAGAACCUGGAGCUGUGUUGCGCAAGUUAACUGGGCAUGCUUCAGAAACCAGCUUCUUGCUCCCCGUGCUCCAAAAAGUUACUAAACAACCUCUAUAUCUGAUUUCAGCCUCACAUAAUGAUGUAUUUGUUUACAUUUGGGACUUGCCUCUGAAAUUCACAAAGAAUGAUACCAACAACACGAGACAGUCAUUGGAGUCUCCUCGCUGUGUUCUAAAAGCUGUGGAGCAAGUUGCUGACGUCAUGACCACGACACAGAAUGUAGCUGUCGUUUCAGCGCUUGGAACGUUGCGCCUGUUUUGUGGAUGCUUUAGCGUAUCAAAUUUGCAGAAGCCCAUUGCUGCUACGGGCUGCCUCAGACUCUACAGCAAUGAAGAACACACGGUAGUGAUGCCCAUACAACAGGUCUGCCUGUUGACUGCCACACACGUGCGCAUCGUCUACGGAAAAGGCAGCUGUUUGCGUAUUGAAGAACUGAGCCUGUCUGUGCUGCAAGGUGAUGUGAAGCUCACCAGAGCAGAUUUUGCGACUCAGAGCGCAAAGAAGAACAGGAAAACAGCUCAUCUUCUAAACACUCAGAUGGAGCACCCAAAGGCGACUUUUGCCACAUCUGCACAGAUGCCGCCUCUCAAGGUAAGAGGGAAACGUAAGGACGUUGGAGAAGAUGUUGCUGUGACGGACAACCUGCCCAUGGAAAGCCUCAUGACGGCCAUGAACAUCACAACUGAUGUCAGCAUCACAGAAACGUCUGCUGAUGUUCUCAACAAGAAAAGUCAAGCACAGCUUCUGCUACAGGGCAUCAACAGCGGCGACAGUCAGUUGCUGCACCGAGUGCUCACCAACACCAACGUUGACGUGAUCAAGCGGACGGUCUCCUGCCUGCCGUGCGUGGCCGUCAGGCCGCUAAUCCUCGAGAUGCACUCCUUCCUCAACACCUACUGGCAUAAGAAUAUAUCUUACACGCUGUGGUUGAAAGAAAUAAUCUUCCAGCAUCUGGCCUUCAUCAACUCGUUGCCCGAGCGCGACUCUCUCAUACGCCCGUUCAAGCAGUACUGUAGCGCCCACAAGGUGCACCAGCUCAAGACUUUCGAACUGAAAAGACGUUUGGACUCCAUUCAGCACAACAUAAAUCGAACAAAGACAUUGGAAUCUGAUGCCAAGACUUUCACGCCACUCAUAGUCGUCAGAGAAGAAUCCAGUGACGAUGAAGGAGGAGAGGAUGUGAAAAAACGCUUCAAAAACGAUGAAAUUUCGGCUAUGGAAUGGGACGAUUAGCCUGCAUUUUAUGGACUUGUAAGUAAAAUUUACUGUAUUAAAAUGUCCAAUCA